ACAAUAUGUAAGCUUGUGGAAGCCAUGGCAAGCCACCGCAAUGGUGUCAACGCCACGGUCGGAGACUGCUCCAGCGUUCUUGUGCUCUUUUCGGCGGCGCUGACAAGGAAUUCCUCGUCCUACCGGUUGCGAAGGCGAAGGGCGACAGUGAAUGACAGCUGGGAACGAGUGUUGUUGUGCUUAUCGGAGCAGGCGAAAUUGCGAUCGAAUCAUCAGCUGGUCAUCUACAUGCAGUAGCCAUAGGAUACUGAGUGGUCCGACUAGCUAGAUACUAGCCUAGUUGGACGUUUUUAGUGAAGCAAAAUGCACGGCCGUGAAGCCUCCGACGCACGUUGCAGAGUCCAAGUAAGUGUUCCACACACUCACCACUGGUCGCAAGAGCAGCAAGGAAGCAACAACAACAAUGUGUGCGCACUCUUUUGGGAUGCAAGGGACUCAGAUACGUGGUACAACAGGAAGCUAUUAGCUGGCUAGUCCAUUCAUAUUGGCAAGCAGGCCGUUAACCAUCCAUGCAGAGGAGCUUGAUAUCUAGAUGGGCUCCCACACUCCACAACUCAGAUUUUCAGGUGAACCAAUGAUGCAGAUCCUCAUUCUGAUAUAGUUCCUAAUGGAUGGUGUAGAUCGCAUUGUUGUGGGAUGGUUGCGUCAUCGAUCAAUGGUAAUGGCUUGGCUAUGUCACCUGGUGCUCCUGUUGGUCCCCUGUAGGCGAUGGGGAUCUCAAGGGGGCUGAUGAAAAGAAUAGCAAGAACUGCCAGUACAACCAGCCCAACUACGAAACAGCAUCCAGCUCCAUAUGCAGGCUCUGAGGAGGCUCUCUUUGGUUGCUCAUCAAGCUCUGCUUGGGGAAAGGUGACUGGGGUGGCUGGGACUGGGGUGGCUGUGGCCAAGCCCAACUCUGGAUCCUCUGGCACAACCAGCAAAGGAAGAUUUGAUUCAUUCUGUGUCAUCAAUGAGGUUGGCAUUGGAUUCAUCCACAUUGGAAAUGUUGAGCCCGGUCACAGAAAAGGCUACAGGCAAGAUUACAGGCAAGACCAGGUCUUCACAAAGAUCAUUCACCGACAUAACAACCUCAUUGGAUUGAUACAGUACCGAGUUCCCGCCAUCCGCUGUGAAGGGAUUGAUUCAUUCCAAAAAGACAUCAAAUUUUCCUGUGAAACGUGCAACAUUGGGCUUCGCCGAUGCAACACAACUUUCGCUGCCCAUUCCACGGUCAGCGGUGUGCGGUGUUCGAAACAAACUAAUUCCACGCAUGGUGUCUCCACGCUACACCGACAACGAUGCUCUUGCAGCCAUGGUUAGGGACGGAGGAGGCAACGACAUUGCCGAAUCCUCUUCCGCAGAGAGCCCUGAUAGCAUUCCCACACCCAGCAUGCAACAGCAGCGAAGGCAGCAUGGACUUGCGCAAACCUGUUCCUGUUGAGGAACGAUUCCAGGGCAAGCCACGCUCUCCCGAGAAAGUCAUGGACAAAUCCCGACAAAUCAAGAAAGUGGAUGGAGUCCCCGGUGUUGGCACAGACGAUACCGAGAGCAUCGAUCAGACCUUUGCAGCUGGCAUCAAGAAAAAAAUCAUGCUUCUUGAAAUUGAUUGUUGGAAUGUUGAGACUGGUGAAGACGCUCCUUAUCUAGGGCAAGUAGCAGUCCUCCGCAACCCCCAAACGGGGACACGCAAGUUUGUUACCUGCAAGCGCAAUAUGACGACCGACGAAAACGACAAAGGCGAGAUCGAAGAAUGUCACUCACCACACAAGUGUGUGUUGGCGAAUGGUCGUUCCGCCCAGAUUAUUCUUCCGAACACUGGCCGGAAAAAGAUGCCCGGAGAUGCGAUUUCGCUUCGGAAAGGGAUCGUGUGGUCAAAUGGCUUUGAUAUCUCACUCGGACCAGCUAUCGAUCUGCAGACUGGCACAGAAAACUGGCCGAACGACCCUGUCCGCUCCCGACGCCUCAAUGAACUGAUUUCACAACUUGGUUCGUUCGAUCUUGUCGACGAGAAGUUUUUGUAUGAAGAGGAUCUGAAGAUUGGGAUCGUCACGUAUAAGCCAGGAGCAGGCGAAGAAGACUUUUCGGAGGUAGGAGGACUGGAGGAAGGCAUCCCCAUUUGGUACAGCUGGGCCAAUGCCGUGAAAGGGUUUAUUGCAACAAAAAUUGGCGUUGUUCUCGGUGAAAAGGAUGAUUUGAUGAUCUACACUGGGAGCAUCACCGAAGUCGGCAACGAUCACAUCGAAUACAACGUAAAUACAUUCAAAGGAUGCUCUGGAGCUGUCGUGAUUGUGAUGGAUCGGAGCCAUCCUGACUUUGGAAAAGCAAUGGCCAUUCACGCAGGCUAUCAGCCCGCGUUGGGAACUAACCUUGGCUUCAAACUAGCUGGUAACUUUGAUCGGCCUUGAAGCCUCUCUUUGAAGGCCACCUUACCUAAUAUGAUCGGCCGCGCUGGGAGUCAAUUUCGAGGGCGAAGUAGUGUAAGGGCAACUGUGCAUCUCGAAUAACGGGAAACAUCAAUACACAAUUGUAGACAGCAGCUUACAUUAUGAGUUUAUCUAGCUAGGGCUGCCAUCUAAUUUUCGUUGGUUAGAUAGUUAGUGUGAACCGAAAAGCCGAGGAAACCAUCCAUGGAGAGGAGCUUGAUAUCUAGAUGG